CCGGUACUACCCGAUUCCAACGGGCGCGUACAAACGUAUCAUGCUGGGUAGGGCCGGUGCCGAGAUGCCGGCUUGUAAACGAAACCAGUUUGCUAUCCGAUACGAUCCAGGCAACAGCGGCCUCGCGCGAUAUAUCCACGAGCGAAGAUCGCUGGUACCAACGAGGAUCCGCACUCUCGGUGAGAGAGGCACCAGAAUGUGGGGAUAGGAGGAAAUCACCUGACAUCGGGGACAUAAGAGAACGCGAAGUCCUCGAGAAGAUCCAGCUAUAACGAGACAUUUCUUCGGGAAUCGAAAAGCACCUAAGAUCGGGAACGUCAUUGCUCCUCUAACGUUGAGACUUCUCGUUUUGUUGUUCAACUCUACGUCAAAUUGUGAAAGAAUAUUUCAAUACUUUCCAAGGGUUUUUUCGUAUUGUUGCCAGGAUCAUUCGCGUUUCGAAAAGGAAGAGAAAACGAAAUAAAUAAAAAAAAAAAGUAAAUAAAAAUAAAAAUAAAAGAAGAAUAGUCGAUCGAGAGGAGACAUUAUAUAUAAUACGUUGGUUUUUCUUGAUUGUGUAAGAUAGUGUAAUUUAGUGGACUGUCCAGUGACGAACGAAAUCGUUAAUAGAUAAUAAAUAGACGAGAUAUAAUGGCCUUUAUAGAGCCUCAGUGAAAUAUUGUUUCUAAUCUUGUUCGAGAUUUGAAUGAUAUGAGACUUCUGUCAUGAAAGGCACGAAAAGAAAGUACAAAUCGGAACGGCGGGAAUCUUGAGACAAUGAUGAAGGUGAUAACAACAUCGAUGCUCUGAAAAAGGGAAAAAAAGAAGAAAGAAAUAAAACAAAAAACCCCCUAAGAAAAAAGUUAAAAGAAGAAAAUCAAAAAAUAAAAGAACACUCAGAGACAACGUUUCGUUGGUAUAAACGGUUCGUGAAACAUUCGGGCUCGUCGAGAUGUCGGCAGUAGCACCAGCUGGAACCGGUGCUACGGCGCCAACAACAAACGGCCCGAUUGUUCCCGCUCCGGUUUUUGCCUUACCGACGUUGUCCUUCACCGUCGGCCAGGUUGCAACGGUUUGCGAAACGUUGGAAGAGAGUGGGGACAUCGAAAGAUUGGCUAGGUUCCUUUGGAGCCUUCCCGUUGCCCAUCCUAAUAUCCAAGAAUUGAAUCAGAGCGAGGCAGUGCUCAGAGCUCGUGCGAUAGUUGCCUUUCAUUCAGGACAUUAUAGAGAACUCUAUAAUAUUUUAGAGAGACACAAAUUCACCAAGGAUUCCCACGGUAAACUUCAAGCCAUGUGGCUUGAAGCACAUUAUCAAGAAGCUGAGAAACUUCGUGGUAGACCUCUCGGUCCCGUUGACAAAUACAGAGUAAGAAAGAAAUUUCCAUUGCCAAGAACGAUUUGGGACGGCGAACAAAAAACUCAUUGCUUCAAAGAGAGAACUAGAUCAUUGCUAAGGGAAUGGUACCUUCAGGAUCCUUAUCCGAAUCCUGGAAAGAAGAGAGAACUUGCUGCUGCAACUGGCCUAACACCGACCCAGGUUGGUAAUUGGUUCAAAAACCGAAGGCAGAGGGAUCGUGCUGCUGCAGCGAAGAACAGAAUGCAGCAACAAUCGGGCCCAGGGAACGGAAACGCACGGCGUGCAUUGAGUCCAGGACCAGGUGGUAGUGAUUCCGAGGAUUCUGAUAUUUCCCUUGGAGGAACAUCGCCACCAUCGCCAAGUUCCUCUCCUCCUCCUACUCAUCAACCCUCUCCUGUACCAUUGGGCCCACUCGGUCCACUUCCACCGCCCUCCCUUAACUUCCGUUUCGAUCCGACUCAGUCACAAUUCCGAUUUGGUCACGCGACGGCCUUCAAAUUCCCGCCGACUGGUUUCCGGUUUGGUCCGCAUAGUCCACAGCAUAAUCAUCCGAACAUCGCAGGUGGAGGGAUUUUUAGGUUGACCGAAAGUAGUCCCUUUCAGGCUGUUGGACCUAGAGGUGACCUUGGAUCCAGAUUACCAGAUCCACUUGGGCUACCACCGCCAAGGCUACACCCUCAUGAUGGACUGCUACAUCAUCCACAUCCACAACAUCCUUUACCCGAGGGAAUAUCUAGGAUAUCUGAGGGCUCCCGGCUAUCCGAUGGACUCUCAGAGGCUCACAGUCCACCUCUAAUGGCGACGAAUCUGUCAGUGACGGGUCCUUUGAGAGUAGCCGUGCCUAGUCCACACACGCCAUCCUCUAGAGGCAGUCCAUCCUCGAAUCAACAGACUCCUCAGGGGCAGGCUCAAGGUCAAGGCUUGAUAAGGGUCGCCACUCCUCCACCUAAUCCAAAACCUCCGCAAAUUCACAGGCCGUUCUCGCCGGCGUGAUACGACAGGUCGGCCGAGAACGAAGAGAUCAUUUCGGAAAAUGUGGAAGACGAUCGUUCUUCGAUAUCGAGGUACGAAUCGAGUAUUUGCGAAGACAUUCAGCAAAGACAUUUCGAGAUCUUGUGAGAAUCGAUUCGUCGA